AUGUCCCAGUUUUCGGCUGGCCACAAGACUCCGUCCCCGUCUCCGUCACCACCUCACGAGCCGUCAGGAGUCAACUUUAAGCCCACGGGCACCACGACCACAACCACGACCACGACGCAUUCGCCCUUUCCCGACACCUCCGUCCGCCGUCCCGUAACGCCCCCGUCGCACUCCGACUAUGGCACGCCGCUGAACGGAUCUCCGCGAAACAGCAACAGCAGCAACAACAACAGCCCGCCGCAGUACACCCGCCAGCGCAAUUCAUCGCGGCCCCUGUCCAUGGUACAGGCCUACCAGCCGCCCCUCAUGGACAUCAACGAGGACACGAUCCCGGAGCUGCAGCCCAUUUUUUCGUUCCUCAACAGCCACUCCAACAAGCUGUACCAGGAGGGCUAUUUCCUCAAGCUCGACGACCAAAACACACAGGGCAAGCCCAACUCCGACCGGACAUGGACUGAAUGCUUCGCCCAGCUCGUCGGCACCGUCCUGUCGCUAUGGGAUGCCGCCGAGCUCGAUGCCGCCGGCGAGGAUGGCGAAGUCCUGCCCAAGUUCAUCAAUUUGACCGACGCCUCCAUCAAGAUGAUCGAGUCGCUUCCCACACGCUCCAACGAUGAGCAGCCCCUGCAGAAUAUCCUGAGCAUUUCCACUGCCGGCCGAAAUCGCUACCUGCUGCACUUCAACUCCCACCACUCGCUCAUUCAAUGGACCGCGGGUAUCCGCCUCGCCAUGUACGAGCACUCGACCCUGCAGGAGGCCUACACGGGCGCGCUCAUUGCCGGCAAGGGCAAGACCCUCAACAACAUCAACGUCGUUAUGGAGCGCGCUCGCUUUAAGACAGAGGAAUGGGUCCGUGUCCGCUUCGGCGCCGGCGUCCCCUGGAGGCGGUGCUGGUGUGUCAUUUCGCCGCCCGACGAGAAGGAGUACGCCAAGAUGCAGAAGGAGCUCAAGAAGAGGUCGCCCUACGACCGGUCCCCCGUCCCUGUUCUUAAGGGAGACAUCAAAUUCUACGAUACUCGCAAGGACGGCAAGAAGCAGAAGAAGGCUCAACCCAUCGCCACCAUCACCGAUGCCUACUCAGCCUACGCUAUAUACCCACAGGCGAAGUCGCUCAUCGACGCCUCCACGCUCUUGAAGAUUGAGGGAAAUGUCACGGUUCACUCGGAUCCGCCGUCAGCGACCGAGGGCUUCAUCUUCGUCAUGCCUGAGACGCACCCCAUGGUCAGCGGUUUCGAGAUGCUGCUGCGCUUCCUCUUCCCAACCUGGGAUACCUUUGGCCUCUACGGUCGACCAGGCAGGCUCGUCGCUAGCGUGUUGGACAACAGAUCUCUCAUGUUUGCGAUGCCCAAGCACAAGAGAUAUGGCUAUCUCGAGAUCCUGGACGUGUCGACGCUCAUUCUCGAGGACGGCACAUCAUCAUGGACCGAAAGAGAUUGGCGCAAGAAACUCAAAGAGGCCACCGGCACCAGGAUGAAUGCUAUUGAAGACGGUACCAGGUCACCGCACUCUCGCACCGGCAGCCGAUCAAGCAACAGACUGAGCUUUGGCAACAGCGCUCCCGGUGGCAAGCCCAAGGUUGGCUUUGCCGAGGACCGUGGAUCUACACGGUCGUCGAGGUCCUUUUCCCUCAACGGCGGUUCAAGGAACGAACCGGCGGGUGCUGACCCGAAUCGCUUCCAACCUGCCAUGGCCGGAGUCCAGGCUCACCAUGCCCGGAAUUCGUCGGAUUCCAACCUUCGCAACGACUAUGGGAACCCCAUGCCCCCCAUGCAUGCGUCUCCCCCGUCGCAGCAGAUGCCCAUCAGAAGCGGCCUGCCGGACCGGAUGGCCUACGGAGAGCCAGGCAGCUCAGACGACGAACCAGGCAGCUCGCCGAGGCCGGAGAUUGGCGAGCUCGGAGGCAUGCGCAGCAUGCAGACGCCCGAGCCCGUGUCCCGACCGCCGGCCUUUAAUCACGGAUCCCAGGCGCGGCCGACAAGCAAAGCCUACCACUCGCCCGAGCUUCGGCGCGCCAACAGUCGUCUGUCCAGCACAACGCUGGCUCAGCUAGCGAAAGCCGGCGGGAUAGCCCAUGCCGGUGACAUGCCCCAAAGGAGGGGCGGCGACGACGCGACCCAGAAUGUCCUCGACCCUCGCCGGGUAGGGAAGCAGAACUCGGGCUUCUCCGACGAAGACAUAUCCGACAUCCUCUGCGUCUUGGUGCCCCAGUCCGACUCGGCGCGCCGAGAGGUCCAGCGGCUUGCCGAGACGGGCUCGCCGUACGUCAUCGGUAGACACGAGGCCGACGAGGUAGAGCCCGAUUACGACCUCGACGACCAUGCGAGCCGCUUCGAGUCGGACCCCAGCGGGCACGGCAACUACACCAUCAUAUUGCGCCUCUCGGCCGGAGUAAAGAAUCCCGCCCAAGGCUUCACCUUUGGCAGGAACCACAGCCGCUGUGAUGUUGUCUUCGUCAAUGAUCCCCUGAGAAGGGUCAGCAAUAUCCACUUCCGCAUCUACGUCAACGAGUACGGCGCCGUCAUGAUCGAGGACCAGUCCACCAACGGCACCUUUGUAGAUAGGCAGCUCCUGACCGCUCACGCAAAGGGCGAAUCCCCAAACAUCACCAGAUGGGUGCUGAGCUCCGGCGCGCUCAUCAAGUUGCUCCUCCACGAUGAAGACCGGGACCUGACGUUCCGGGUCCGCGUUCCCCGGCGAGACGACGAGUAUGUCACGGCCUAUCAGCAAAAGGUUGAGGAAUACUUUGCGAGGCAUCGGCUGAAGACGGACGCUGCUCCGGCCCCCACGCAGGGGCUCGCACCCCCAGCCGCGCGCACCGGUGGUCAUGUCGACCUGUUCAAGCCGCCUGGUGAUCCGAUCGCCCGUAGAGUGGGCUUCGAGCCGCCGGCGCAGUCCCCGCAGCCUUCGCCAUCGAAGCGCAGAGAGGCGCAGAACGUCAUGCGGCGGGAGUGGACCGGCUCGGGCAAGUACAACAGGAUAGGCACCAUCGGCAAGGGCGCCUUCGCCGUCGUGUACAAGGUCACGUCCAAGUACGACGGUAAGCCGUACGCGGCAAAGGAGCUGGAGAAGCGCCGCUUCAUUAAGAAUGGAGUGCUCGAUCAGAAAGUGGAAAAUGAGAUGAAGAUUAUGCGUCGGGUCCAGCAUCCAAACAUUGUGCGGUACAUGGAGAACAUCGAGUGGGAUGACCGGCUCCUCAUCAUCAUCAUGGAGUACAUCCCAGGCGGAGACCUCGGCAAGAUCAUCUCCGACGAGGGCGCGUUCCCGGAGGACAUGACGCAGACCAUGUCGAAGCAGCUCCUCAGCGCACUCGGGUAUCUCCAUACCAACAACAUCACCCACCGAGACGUCAAGCCAGACAACAUCCUCAUCAACACCAUCGAGCCCCUCGAAGUGAAGCUGACUGACUUCGGGCUGUCCAAAGUAGUCGACACGGAACAGACAUUCCUGCGGACGUUUUGUGGCACGCUUCUGUACUGCGCCCCUGAAGUGUACACCGAGUAUGCCGAGUACGACGACAACGGCGUUAGGAACCGCGGCAAGAAGAUGCGUCGCGUGCCCGGCCAGAGGUACAAUCACGCAGUCGACAUUUGGUCGCUCGGCGGCGUCUUGUUUUACACCAUGACAGGGUCGCCUCCGUAUCCUGUCAAAUCCGGCAUCAGCUACUCAGAGCUGCUGCACAAGAUCAUGACCACGCCACUUGACAUCACGCCUUUACAGCAGUACGGAGUGUCGGGGCAGGGCACCGACUUCCUUCGUCGGAUGCUGCAACGGAGACCUGAGAACCGCGCGAGCAUCCCUGACCUCGAGAAUCACGUGUGGCUCGGCGGCCAGGGUUCGACGAUACAAGCCUCACAAUCGUACGAUGAGAUUACGGAUGACGAAGACAUCAUCAUCGAGCCGUCUCAGUUCCGGCCGCCGGUGGACUUCGAUGACGAUAGGGUAAGCGACUCCAUGGAUGAAGAAUCCGAGAAAGAGAACGCGGACGACCCAGCGCCCCGGCUAUUCGGAGAGGUCGGCGUGUCAGCCAUAGGCAGCUCCGGAGUCAUUCCGUCCGGCUACCUCAAUCUACCCUCUGGAGACGCAAGCAUGGGCGAGACAGAGAUCCUGGACUCUCACGGGGACGAAGCCUACGACUCCGGAGACUCUGACACCAUUAAAGGGAGGAACAGACAGGCGUUCCACUACAACGCAACGUCUAUAUACCCGAACCAGUCUGCAGACCAGCUCCAGAGCCUGGUAGAGAAUGUCGCCUCACAGAGUCUUGGGGGCAAGGAUUCUGCAGUCAUCACUCCAUCGGCCUCGUUGCACCAUUUCUCACAAUCAAUGGAUCCAAACUCCAGCAAGCGCAAGCCACCUUCUCAGGAGACGGGCGAUGAGCUCGACGAAAACACGCCCCCGGGCAAGCCGACUAUCAAGCGGCUAAAAUCGGACGGCAGAGUCGAGGAUGUCUCUGAGGACAUCCUCUCCGAGUUCAAGUUGCUUGCUUGCCUACCUCAGGUCAAAAGGCUGGACUCUGGACGACAGGUCGACAAGCCGGUGGACAAGGUGAUUUAUUGGGAACAGGAUCGGAAGACGUGGCACCUCAACUACCCCGAGAUGACGCAGCUGCAAUACGACACCUUUUUCCAGGCAGCCGUCGCGAGAGGCGAAGAGUUCGGCCCUGGGAAGACGCCGCUAUGGGAUCUUGCCAUGAAGCACUUCCCGCCGGGUCCUCAUCCUGCGAUCCAAAACGGCAGUACGCCACCAACCUUUGGCCCGGGGGCAAGGCGGGACGACCGGAAGAUGCUGGACGACAUCAUGGACAUCCCAUCGACGGCUGCCCCCAUCGAUAUAGAGACGGACAAGCAGUCACAGCUUCCCGACACGCAGAUCGUGGUGCCGGUGCAGUCGGACUUUGCGACGAACCGCGCCAUCGCCGUCAUGGAGUCGCAUCCCGAAUCUUGCGUGCGCGGCAUCUCCUUCCCCAUCACAGACUCCCUGAUUUCGUUUGGACGGGCAAAGGAGAACAUAGAGGUGUUCCAGGACACGCAAGAGCAGAGAGUGCCCAAGCACGCGUUUAAGAUGAUGCUGUGGAAGGAGGGCUGGGACCCGUCCAAGGAUCCCUCCAAGGCCAAGCAGCCCUGGCAGCGCGAGGCGUCGGCGGACGACGACUCGUACGAGUUCUGGAUAUCAACAAAGGCCACCCUCGGGAUCCGAAUCAACGGGUACAACCUCGCGUCUUCGGACUCCAAGAACCCGGCGGGGCCGUCCCUGUUCUGGGCCAAGCUCCACGACGGCGACGCCGUCAUGAUUUGGGGCGGCCAGGACCCGCGCAGCCAGACGAAGCUCGUCUUCCGCUGCUUCUGGGGCGGGUCCGCGAAGCCGCGCCCGGAGGACAGGCCCGGCCUGGAGCUGGCGGGCUCGCAGCUCGCGCAGAGGCUCGACGCGGCGUGCGCCCGGACGGAGAAGCGCAUGCGCGACGCCGUCGAGAAGAGGCGCAAGAUUGGCGAGGCCAAGGCCGAGCAGGAGGAGCGCGCCAGCAACGUGGGCUUGGAGCGCGAGCGCAGCGCCAUGUUUGAGCGCAGGAGGCAGGAGGCCGUCGAGUACCUCGCCGCCGCGGCGCAGCAGCAGCAGAAUCAGCAGCAGCAGGGCGGCUCGCGGCGUGGCUCGCCCGCCAGCUUGACGCCCACGGCGCACGGAGGCAGGGCGCAGGCGACGGCCUCGCACCUGGUGCGGUGA